AGUGUUCAGACCCGAUAAUAAGACGUUUUCUGGAGUACUCUUGUGAUUUUCUCCGGUUUUAUUAUAAUCAGUGCCCUUGCUAGCAGUAAUGAUUCUAAGCAGAAAUUUUAUCUGCUAGUGGUUAGUGUUACUAUCAAACCUACAGUUUAAUAUAAACAUAAAAAACAAACAAAAAGUCAGUGCGCUAAACGGUCAUUGUUUUGCCGGUAAAAAAUGGGAUCCAGUUUUCUGUCUGACUGAAAUUGCAGUUAAAGUAUGCGCUGAGUAUUUUCAUUUCAACCGGAUGGCCUGCCAAGAUGAGUCAAACGUGUGGAAAGUGUGGAAAAUAGUACGAAGCAAUGAAUUAUGCUAAAUAGUAAUUUAUUAUCGGGGUGCUGUUUUUAGAUGUGCUCUGCUAAAAAUAUCUUCCUGCAGUGUGAAAAAUGUUUGCGUCGGUGUGUGAGAACGUGUGAAGUAAGGAAAACAAGUGUGUAGUAUAAACAAACAACCGGGCGACGAGUGUGUAGACUCCGAUAGUGGCCUUUUAAAUAACAAAUUCCCACCUUCCCUACAGUGGGAGCCAGUAAACAACAAUAAAGAAAAAAAAAGCGUUGAGCGCAAAUUUUUCGCACACCUAACGGCGUCGUGUAUACGACUAAGGGUUUACCGAAAGUGCUGCGAUGUGUUAGAAUCGGAAUGCAGAUCAACACAAAUGGCAACUAAUCGUGCUGGAGUUUCGAAAUCGAAAUCCGAUAGAAAAAAACUGCAGAUGUACGGGAGCUUGAGUUUGGACAUCAACGGCUACCGCUAAAGCACCAAGUUUUCAGCCACUUUUAACUGCCACCGUCAGAGCCCGAACGAGCGGCAUGCAGCCAACAACCCCCGCCGUGUUUGUGCCUUCUCGCCGCAGUGUAAAUUGUUUGUUCACGACAUUCUUUCUCUAAUAGCCGAGAACUGACCACCGCCAUAUUUGCGUAGGCCAACGAAUAUACCACCUUGGAAAUACGACAUCUUUCCCGGCAUUUCUUUAUCCUACGAGCGUGAGGUGGUGCCCCAGCUAAUAGAAUUACAAGCCGCCCGCCGUCCGGUCAUCGAAGAAGCAAUCCGCACUUUGCCUGCCUUGCUGUCUGCUGCUGUCCUCGUCCUGUUGCGCGGGAUCCGCACAAGAACCAGAGGAAUCCUUCUCUUUCUGGCCGGUUGUGGUAGCAGCGCGCACUGUCAGCAGCUGGGGAAAAAAACAACAACCAAAAUAAACAGAAACAGAGUUUCAACCGAGUCGAGAGCUUACUUCGUUCCUUUUCACUCACUUCACUUACUAGUUCGCCGACCGUCGGACCGUUGGGACGCGUUUUUCGAGACAUUGCUUCGCGUUUGUGUUCCGUGUGUGAGAUUAGGUGCCUAGUGCCUACCUACAAAAACCGGUGAACCGUAUCGUGUCGGUAGAUCGUAACCUACAACGGCGUCGCUCGUGGAAUUUCGGACGCGGCUGGUGACGCUGCUGGUACAUGUGGGUGUUGUCAGGCGGUUUCGUGAAUGCAGGGUCAUCCAAGACAGCGUCGUGAGUGGAAUCUAUUUGUGGCUGGCCGCGCAGUUGCAUCCACACACGGUAUUACGUCAUCCCGCUGAGUUGAGCACCUCCAGACGAUCGGUCUACUGAUCCUGAUAUUUUUGGGGCGGACAUCUGCGGCAGCAAACGUUUCAACGAUCGGAGAAGUUUAUUCAACUCUGGUUUGGCUGGCCGUAAAGCAGUGGAUUUGUAUUCCCCCUACGUUUGAGAGAAUCUUGAAUGUCAGUCACACACGCACACAAGCCGCUCGCUGCUGUGUGUUCGAAUCUUUGUCGACAAGUGAUUUGCGGUGUUUUUAUUUUAUUUUUCACAGCUGAUAUCUGAUAUUGAUUCUUAUUGGUUCGAAAGUCUGAUAAAGUGGUGAAAACUUUGUCAUUUGAUGUUUGGAAUUCCGUGCAAUGUUCUGAUCGUUUCGAUAAUAAGUGCUAGUUUCUGCUGAAGUCAAAAGAGUGCUAGUGUUUUCUAAAGAUCAUUGGCAUCCUAGGCGUUUUUUCAUAAGAAUAGGUGCAAAGUGUUUGGUGAAAAUUUGUAUCACAUUAGCACAUAACCUGCUUCAUGCUAGGAUACAAUAAAAGGAGAGUGUGCUGAUUAAAAUAUUAAUCGAAUUUCCAUAGUAAUAAUGGAAUAAGUAAGUUGUGGAGUGUACUACGAGUUCCUACUGACAGAGCAGCAUCUGGCGAGCAGUGAAUCUCCAGGAUAAGUUUCCGAUCUCGAAGGAACAACAGCCAAGAACGAUGAACGGCGUCACGCUGAUGGACGAGAACGAUGUGGACAUCAAAAGUCCCAUUCGGCGGCUAGGAUCGACCCGCAAGCUUAAUCUCUUUAACAACAUCCGACAACAGCUCAACGAGCAGCUCAAGUUUCUCGACGUGCGCAUGGAAUCGCAGAUAUCUCUGAUUCAGGAAUUGCAAGACUUCUUCCGGCGGCGCGGUGAGGUGGAACUGGAUUACAGCAAAAGUUUGGACAAACUGGCCAAGAGCUUACAGCUUCGACACAAGGAACAACGACAGAAACGCGAACAGUGGCCAAUGUUUUCGUCGUACUCGUGCUGGCAGCAGCUGGUCAAUCAGACAAAGUCCCUGUCCAGGGAUCACGCAGCCCUAUCGGAAAUUUACUCGGUGCAUCUCGUGGCCCGGCUGCAGUCCGUCUGGGAUGAUGUGCAGCGAAUAUACAGAAAGUGUCGCGAAAUCGGCUUCGAAACACACGUGGAAAUUCUGCGCAUCCUGCAGGAGUUGCACACCAACAUGAAAACCUAUCACACAUACCAAACCGAGGCCAAGGAGGCCGAGAAGAAACUCCGGGCGGCGGAGAACCAACGCAUGAAACUCCAGCAGAGCGUCCCCAAGGAGAAACUGGAACGCAGCAAAAAGUACCGACUGAUCGAGAAGGAGGUACUCAAACGUAAGAACAAGUAUACCGACGCAAGACUGAAGGCCCUGAAGGCGAAAAAUGAGUAUCAGCUCUGCUUGGAGGCAUCCAACACCACAAUUCACAAAUAUUUCGUCGAAGAUCUAAGCGAUCUCAUUGACUGUAUGGAUCUUGGCUUCCACUCCGUUGUUUCCCGAGCUCUACUGAUGCACGUCUCGGCAGAUCAGGGCCGCUGUCGGGCCGUCCUCAAUAACACGGAUACCCUUUCGCACAUUAUCAAUUCGAUGGACAGCCGUGCCGAUAAGCAGAAGUUCCUCGAGCAGCACAGUGCGGCGUUCAUGAUUCCCAAACGACUUGAAUUCCAGGGCCAGGAAGAUGAUAUCGAACCGGAAUUACAGAAGGCUCUCCACCAGGAAAUGGAAUCGCGGUUGGUUCAGCUCGAACAGAGGGUAAACAACCUUCGCAUGGAAUCCGAAGAAAUUUGGAAGACGCUGGAAACAGCCGAAAUCAAUCUGCUGGAUAUACUGAAUACAAAGGACUACGAUUGCAGUGCAACGUUUGGUGAGGGUGCGAUAAGUUUUCCGAAACCGGAAAAUACUGCGCUCAAGCUAAGGUCGGACAAGAACGAAAUCGAGGAAUUUUACAUCACGAAAAUUCGAGAAUACAUACUCGCCACAUCACGAAUAGCACGGCUUGACUCAAAGGCGGAGUUUUUGCGGAACGCGCUAACCAAGGAUUCGGCCAUCAAGACGGACACGCUAACUAAAUCGAAUGUACCGAAGCGGAAACGUAUCGGUCGGAUGAAUAAAUCUGGCCGGCCAAAGCUGUUCGGUGGCUCACUGGAGGAGUACCUGGAAGUGGCCGGCGAAGAAAUUCCACUCAUUCUUCGAAGUUGCAUUCGGGUCAUCAAUUUGUAUGGACUUCACCACCAGGGAAUUUUCCGUGUGUCUGGAUCUCAAGUAGAAAUAAGUAACUUUAAGGAGGGCUUCGAGCGGGGCGACGAUCCGCUGGCUGAUACAACCGAUGCGUCCGACAUCAACUCGGUGGCCGGAGUGUUAAAACUGUAUUUGCGCGAGCUUCGAGAACCGCUUUUCCCGCUGAUCUAUUUCGAUCACUUCGUAACGCUGGCACAACUUGAAUCAAAACACGAAAUAGUGUUGGGUAUUCGAAAAUUCUUCCAAAGUCUGCCAAAGCCGGUUGUCGUCGUGAUCAGAUAUUUGUUCGCGUUUUUAAACCAUUUAUCGGAAUACUCGGACGAGAACAUGAUGGAUGCCUACAACUUGGCCAUCUGUUUUGGUCCCACGCUUAUGCCGGCACCGGAAGACAAGGACCAGGUGCAAUACCAAAACCAAGUCAACGAACUAAUCAAGAACAUUAUCGUGUACCACGCUGAACUGUUCCCCAAGGAUCUCGUCGGAAUGCAAUACGAAAAGUUCAUCUCCUCCGAACCGUUUGAGGAUAUCGAUGUUGGCGACUCUCCGACGGAGCAAGUAUCGGAGGAUCCAGACUCCGAAGUGUACCCGUCGGAGGACGAAUCCGACACCUUCGAGGCAAUUGUACAGUUUGACUUUAAUGCACGGUCCGAGCGGGAAUUGUCGUUACGGAAAGGCGACAACGUAAUAUUGUACAACCAGGUCUCCAAUGAUUGGUGGCGUGGAGCCGUGAACGGCAAAACUGGGCUCGUUCCGGACAAAUACAUUUCGCUAAAGAUCAAAGACGAAGACCGGGAUAAAAGUGAACACCUGAAAUCGUCCAGCUCGGAAGAAUCGGUUCGGAAACGACGUCCCAGUGGAAACAUUUCGCUCAACAGCCAACUUUCGAUCUGCACCCAAAAUUCGAACACACUCUCUAACAUAACUUGUGGCAGUGAUUACACUGGAUCGACUAUCAGUACCGCAACACCAGGUGGAGGUGGAGGUGGAGGCGGAGGCGGAGGCGGAGGCGGAGGCGGAGGCGGUGGAGGAGGAAGUAGCGUUAGUUCUGUCCCAGUUGGUUUGCUGCAAACAUCGUUGUCUUCCUCGCCAGGACAUCCACAGUAUCAGACCAUACAACAAAUGCAGCAGCAUCCGACGCCGAUUAAUAAUCAGGUGACUCAUCAGCCGCCACUACCGACGGCACAUCCUCUGAUCGGGGACAAAGUGGUCGAGCUGAAGGAUCCGGACUACAUACAUUACGAUACGGUGGAUCUGAAAAGUUCGACGUACAGUUAUCACGAUGAACCACAUUCAUUUGAAAGUUCAGCGGAAUUCUUGGAGGACAUGAACCAUUUCACAUUCGAGCCCCAGAAACCAUCGGAACCAAUCUACGCUGAACCGACCAAGAUCACCGUUCCCCGGGAUGGUAAAUCUCCGGUUGGUGGGGAGAGCAUCGAAGGUUCCGGUACUAGUAACGACGAUCCGGAAGAUACCGUAGAGUUUCGGUAUGCUCUCAGUGGCAUGGGAGAACCGCCAGAACACACCAAAUCGUCACUGAUGUUGAAUCGUCGCAGUGAUACGCUCCCGGUGGCCCUGACCAAGGACCAGGGGGACGAUAAGAAUCGACACUCGGAUUCAGCUGCCGGAAUCGGCAGUCAGACUGUUGAUGAGAAUGGGGAGCCGAUAAGACCUAUGAGAAAGUAUCAUUCGAAAAGUUUCAGCUUGUCGGAAAACAAGCUCAGCUUGGUUGCGGUCGGAGCUGGUUCUUCUGCUAUGAAUGUUUUCCAGCAGAAUCGAGAUUUGUGGCAGAAACGCGCUACGCAGAGUUCAUAUCAAAAUCUUGCGACUUCGAGAAUUUUGAGUCGAAAUAGAAUAGCUCCGGACUUGGUCAUGGAUUUACCACCGGCGAUCGGGAAAGAUGGAACCGGAAGCAUUUCUCGAGAGUCGUUAGACAGCGAAUUGGAGGACAUGACAUCGGCGGAGCGAUUUGCGGCUCAAAAUCAAUGUACGUUGAAGAAAAAUGAACGGUUCUCAACGGAAUCGGUUGUAUACGAGAACACCGGCAAGAAGGAGGUUAAAUUGGAUUUGAAAGGUGGACUACCGGUUGACAAGCCAAAGGCAGAGGUGAAGCCACAGGAGUGCAGUGUUAAAACACCGACAUCGAUUGAUAUUCCUAAAAUUAUCGAAGAAGGAGGUUCUGUCAGUGGAGAGGAUGUUGCGGAGGGCAUUACCAAAAUUACCGCGGAUGAGGUGCUUCACAUAGACGAGUCUUCGGCCGGUGGAAACACGGAUAGUCUAGCUUCGCCUGCGACCAAAGAUUUGGCCAAGAGUCCUAUUCCAGCGAGAAAUACUCAGAAGUUUGUUUCCCAGUUUGCAGAUCUUCACCUGACUGGAGGUUGCCUGGUGAAAGCUACUGAGAACACAUCCGCAGCAGCGGUUACCUCUCUGGCACAGGAACAACAGGCCAAAAGUUUGAGUUCGUUCAAACCACAGGUCAAGGUUAAACCACAUAUCCUGAAAAAGCCCCAGGUGCUUCCACCGCACACACCCGAAAUGUCACGGCGAACACAGGACUAGAAUCGGCGGAUUGGACUCGGUUGCCGGUCCAAAACACUCAUUCUGUAAGUGAUAUACCAAAAAUAAGUAAACAAUAGUAAUUGAGAGACGUUUAGCGCGGAUACUGAUGAGCUGAACAGGUGACUGUGAGAAUUUGAGCGACUGUGGGAAUUGUGGAAAUACAGGGUUCGUCCCGGAUGGGUAAGAGACAGGGGCGGUUACACGCUUACUAUAGCAGUUUUAGCAGAGCAGAGUUUUGGAUCGAAUUUUUAAAUCUUUGGUAACGGUAGCAGAUCGGACAGUAAAAACACCAAAAUAUUUCAAUGUAACAAUAAAUAUUAAUGUUUAAGACUGGAUUGGUACAAUAUACAAACUGGGAGGAAUCAGUAAGAUCAAUAAUAAACGAGAAAUCAGAAUAGUAGAACAGAUAGCAAGUUCUCGAAUUGAAAACAAAAUAAAAAAAUCGAAUUUCUAAGUCAGUAGAGGUACAAUUUUAUGUGUAUUACGAGCAGUAGAUUGUGAGCAGAUUUUUAGUCUGAACCAUAUUUAGUGAACCAACAUCACAACAUAAUCUCUAGCCUAGGAGAAAGUGAUGAACAAAAGGCCUCUCCAGUGAUUGAUGCAACAUCUGAAUUUUGAUAUUAGAAUUAGUUCAAGCCGUAAUUCCUAACACCUUAACCUAUAUUUUACAUUAUUAUUAUGAACAUCGAAUUUUUUAAAAAUAAGUUAAGCGAUCAAUCGCACGUGAAGUGCAAAUUCUGAAUCGGUUUUAGUAAAACAAAUAUUUUUUAAAGUUUUAACAUCUUCUCAGUGAGUCCUUUUUAUUAGACUUUACAAUAAAAAAAAUGUGCUAAAAAGAAAUAACAUUGCAUAUUCCCUCUACACAUUUGAAGCAGUGGUUUAUUUGGAAAAAUUAUUGCAACCCGCCGAUUUUCUGUGUUCCGAUCAAUUCGAAUGGCUUCACUAGAAUCUGAUUUAGAAGCUACUCUCAUCGUGUACGACCGAUAAAACAAGCUAGCUCACAGAAAGCAACAUUAGCAACAGUAGACCAGCUCCCAGUAAAAGAACGAAUAAGCUAAUGAAAUAACGAAUCAAUAAGCCAAAAAUAACUCUGUUGUCCAACACAAUAAAAAUGUAUACCCAUAACUGUGCAGAUAGCGAUGAAAUAUAUUAAAAACUGAAGAGAACCAAGCGAUAUCAGCGAGCUAUCGAUCACUCCGGUGACUAAAUCAAAUACAGUACCAAUAACCCAAACUAUGCAGAACUAUCCACGACGAUAUGCAGUGGACAUUAUUCUCAGCUUUUUAAUCUGGAAAACGAUUCAACCAAAACCAAGCAAGCAACGCCGCAAGUAAAAUAGUCUUCAUCCGUUCAGCCCUGCAGGUUAAGGGUCCCUAACUGCAUUCGUUGCGUACACAUUCAUAAACUCAACUAUCCAUUUAUCACUAUUAAAAAGCUAUUGCAAGCUAAAACUAGAAGAAGAAAAAAAACAUUCGACCAUUUCGUAGCCAUUACCAUUUACCCACUUAUCCAUCAAAUGUUCCAAAAUAAACGAAACAUAUUAAAUACCAACCA